UGAAGUGUUCACUUGGGUGAAGAUGUUCCAGUUUCUGAUACUCCUAUUGUUCUUCUUGCUUUUCUCCGAGACUCCAGCAAAAGACGAGGUGAAACAAUUUCCAUCACUCAUCAUGGCUCAAGAAGGGGACACAAUCAAUAUCACCUGCAAUACUACUGGACAAUCACUUGGACUCUAUUUGAAACGAAGUACUAUUGAGUUCAAGAAUGUGAUGUAUUUAUCAAAAGAAGGUGAACUUAUCAUGGAUACAAAUUACGAAAACCGUACCUUCUUCUCUGGGAUCUUGAAUAAUUUAGUGAUCACAAUAACCGACAUAGGAUUGAAUGAUACUGAUGUCUACACCUGCCAAGCCACAGUGUUCGACAACCUCAAGGGAACUGGCACCAUGGUGGUUGUAACAGAAAAAAUCUGGAAAAAAGAAGAUGGAAACCUGAGAAAAUCACAGAUGUGGGUGGUCUUGAUUGUGAUAUCUUUCUUCUUUGGGUUGGCUCUGUGGCCACUGUUUGUGAUAAUCAAGAAGCAAGUAUACAGUUCAAAGACUCAGAAUACAUGUAGCAUAUAUGAAGAAAUGUCCUAUAAUGCUCAACGCAACGUAACAUGCCAAGAUAAUUAGUACAACUGACCAGCCUCACUAUGGAAAUCAAGCAAAAGUAUCCUACAGAAAGAACAUUUCCCCCUCCCCAUUGGUAAUUUGUCUCUGCAAGUGAGGAACUUGGCUUUCCAUCAAAAAAUAGCCAAUACAAUUCAUUUUAGGACAAAGGAGAUCAAGUUGUUUAACAACAUUUUAAUAGCAUUAGAAAUGGAGGAGAUUAGGUCCAACAAGUGCCAACCUACUCCCCUUCCAUUUUUAAAAAUCUAUUCUUUAUUUAUAUUUUUUCUUAUGUCAUUCAUUAGUCCAAUGCCUUCAUUUUAUUUUUUUUAAUAGGUUUUUAUUGACAGAACCCAUACCAGGAUAAUUUUUUACAACAUUAUCCUUCGCAUUCACUUCUGUUCCUAUUUUUCCCCUCCCUUCCUCCACCCCCUCCCCCAGAUGGCAAGCAUUCCCCUUCCAUUUUGCAGAAUUUCCAGAGACCAUGCAUAUAGAAAUUAUCAGAAUUGAGAUUUAUAUCCAGUUCAUAGGGAAGAGAAUGCUGGCGAGGAGAAGAGAAGAAGGGAAAAAGACGGGAAGAUGGGAAAGACUUUUGGAAAGGGGAAGGUAUAACAAUAAUAUACCUGUAAAAAAAAAAAUGAAAUCAUUGAAUUGUCUUUUAAAAUACAGAAAAGAGAACGAAAAGGAGUUCAGAAGAAGACAACACUGAGAUUUGGACAUGGGAAAGAGUCCAUACUUAGGAUACAAUAUAGAAAAGGAAACAAUAGACACCAGAAAAAGAACCAUUUGUCUUAACACAAACUUAUCCCCUUGAGUCAAUAUUCUUUAUGGUAGCAUUGUGCUAAGCAACCUAAUUCAUCACUAUUCUGUAUCAUAUUACAGUCAUGUACAGUACAGUACAUACUAUAGUACAUAUACACAUUACAAAUAAAUACUUUGUAAAAAUAAAAUUAAAAAUUUUUAAAUUCUA